CUCGUGCGGCCUCGCGCUGAUACAGAAUAGGUCAGCCUCUCUCUCUCUCUGACUCGCUUGUUUAUCUGUACAUUCACUACUACUCUUCUUCUGCUUUGUCAUGUAACUUCAUUCACAUAUUUGACACAUAAAGAAAAGUCCACGAGACGCAUUAAACACAGACCCUGUGUUCCAACAAGAACAAAGUUAAAGUUGGCUAAUCUGCCAGUAAUCAUUUAGACUUUAGAUUUUAGAUGGACAGCAUUGACCGAAAUGGCCUUCCCCACUACAGGCAGUCUUAUCUUGCUGUCGCCUUGGACGAAACACAGCUGGAUGUCCUUGGGCAGCGGGUAGAAAAGAAGUCCCUGACGUUUUUGGAGAGGGUGAAGACACAGUGUUGGUGUUCUGGUCCAAGGCUGAAGAGCAUUCUACUGGGCUUUCUUCCUGUCCUGUCAUGGCUGCCUCACUACUCCAUCAAAGAAAACGCCAUCAAAGACGUGGUAUCUGGAAUCAGUGUUGGGAUCAUGCAUCUGCCGCAGGGCAUGGCCAACGCCAUGUUGGCAGGAGUUCCUCCAGUGUUUGGUCUGUACAGCUCUCUCUAUCCUCUGAUCAUCUACUUCAUAUUCGGCACUUCCAGACACCUCUCUAUUGGAACUUUUGCCGUCCUGGCCAUCAUGAUUGGGUCUGUGACAGCUAACGUGGAGUUGCUAAGCAACGGCAUUGAAGAGAGUCAGGUUGAUGUGGAAGCAGCCAAAGUGAAUGUGGCUGUGCAACUCACCUUCCUUUGUGGCCUCAUACAGCUCCUGCUUUACCUGCUGCGUGGCGGUGGUGUGUGUCGCUGGUUGUCCGAUCCUCUUAUUAGAGGCUACACCACAGCAGCAGGCCUGCAUGUGAUCGCCCUUCAGCUGCCACUGAUGACUGGAAUACCUGCACAGAGAUACACUGGACUGCUGGCUUCAGCUUGGACUUUAAAGGAUCUUCUGUAUGGAGUAACCAGCACUGUACCAGGAACUCUGUCAGUCUCCUUGGUUUCUAUGGUGAUACUCAUCGGAGGCAAGAUGCUGAAUGAGCGCUUUAAGAAGCAGCUGCCUGUCGCUAUACCAUGGGAACUUAUACUGAUUGUCCUCGGCACGAUCCUGUCAGUGCAGAUGGAUCUGACUGGACAGCACAGAGUCCAGGUGGUGGGACACAUACCCAGUGGUCUGUCUCCCCCAGUUCUUCCAUCGUUGUCGCAGGCCAGAGAGCUGUUCAUUCCAGCUCUGUCUGUCGCUCUGGUUGGCUUCAGUUUCCUUUCAGCCAUGGGCUCAGUGUUUUCCCACAAACAUGGCUACCCCGUGGACUCCAGUCAGGACCUGCUGGCUCUGGGUCUGUGUAACACCGUAGGAGGAUUGUUCCAGUGCUUCGCUGUCAGCUGCUCCUUCUCUCGCAGUAUGGUCCAGGAUAGUAUCGGUGUCAAAUCACAGAUGGCAGGUUUGGUAUCAGCUCUGGUGAUUCUAACCAUUUUGUUGGAGAUUGGUCAUCUCUUUGAGCAGUUGCCAAAGGCAGUGUUGGCAGUGAUCAUCGCAGUGAACCUGCAGGGGAUAGUGGUUCAGAUCAAAGAUGUGUGUGUGCUCUGGAAGUCUGACAGAUUAGACCUGCUGGUGUGGGUCACAUCAUUGAUUUCUACCCUGGUCUUUAAUCUGGACUUGGGUCUGGCCGUGGCAGCUGUCUUCUCUCUGGUCAUAUUCAUCUACAGGACACAACACUCCUCCACUGUUGUUUUGGGUCGUAUUCCUGGUACAGACUGUUACAGAGAUGUGGGACUCUACACUGAGGCGAUGCAAGUUCCUGGCAUGACUAUACUCUCCUGUUCCAGUCCAAUUUACUUUGCCAACUCUGAGCUGAUCUUCACAGAGAUCAGAGAGACAGUGAGUCGUGAUCAGAAGGAGAACCCAACUGGAGUCCAUACCUCUUCCUCCUCUCCCUCCUCCUCAGCCCAGUUACUGACACACACUCAUUGCUUGGUUCUGGAUAUCAGUUCUGUCAAUUUCGUGGACUCUGUGGCCAUGACAGCACUUUGCAAGGUUGUAGAGGACUUGGGAGUCCAGGGAGUCAGUGUGUAUCUGGCAGCGUGCCCAGUAACCGAUGUCUUUAAGGCCAACCAGCCAACAGCACGCUUCCGCUACGCCACUCUGCUGUCAGUCACCCCAGAUGGGACUCGAACCCAAGACAAGAGCAGAGAAGCAACAAGGCUGUUGUUGAGCGACGAUGUAGACAAUGUGUACGGGGACAUCAAUUAG